CUCCGGCGGUCACAUGACUCCAGUCUAGAGCGCAGAUCGCACUGCGGCUCCCGCCUCGGCGAGUUCUCGCCCCCGCGCGGCCGUUGCCGAGGAGACGGCGCAGUCUCACGCCGCGUUGCCCCCUCUGCAGUAGCCCCCCCCCCACCGCCCUCUUCUCCCACCACAAUGAGAUCCUAAGAUGGCGGUGGCUGCGGCGGUUGGCGCCGAGUAGCUAAGGUAGAGAAGGCGGCCAUUGGGCCCUAGGCAGCCAGGGACCUUGUGGGCGCUCCCAGCUGCAGUCUCUAAGGGAGGACCGCUGCCAGUGGCGGAUCGUAGGGCCUGACCGCUACUCCACCCUUGGCAGGAGAGGCUGCUUCGUUUACAGGCAACAACUUUGAAGUGUGAAGCAGGAAAGGAGCCGUUUCUGAGCUGUAAAACUAGUUUUUAAACAGGUACUUGACUAUCUUAAGUACAGAGAAGAAAUUGAGAAGUUCCUCAAAUGAAACUGACUAAACAAAACAUAAAACCAGAUACUUGUGCAUUUUCUUCUCAGUUUCCAUUAGAAGUGCUUAGUACAUUUGAACACUGUAUGAAGACUUUCAAAACAGUGUACCAGAAAAUUAAUUGGUAAAACCAAGAUGGCCACAGGAGGAGGUCCUUUUGAAGAAGGCGUGAAUGAUCAGGAUUUACCAAACUGGAGCACUGAGGGUGUUGAUGACCGACUCAACAAUAUGGAUUGGAGUGGCCAACAGAAGAAAGCAAAUAAAUCAUCAGAAAAGAAUAAGAAAAAGCUUGGUGUCGAAAGUGAUAAGAGGGUAACUAAUGAUAUUUCUCCGGAGUCAUCACCAGGAGUUGGAAGGCGAAGAACAAAGACUCCACAUUCGUUUCCACAUAGUAGAUAUGUGACUCAGAUGUCUGUUCCAGAGCAGGCAGAAUUAGAGAAACUUAAACAGCGGAUAAACUUCAGUGAUUUAGAUCAGAGAAGCAUUGGAAGUGAUUCUCAAGGUAGAGCAACAGCUGCUAACAACAAACGUCAGCUUAGUGAAAACCGAAAGCCCUUCAACUUUUUGCCUAUGCAGAUUAAUACUAACAAGAGCAAAGAUGCUGCUAUAAGUCCUCCAAAGAGAGAAAUGGUUGGUUCAGCACAGUGUAAAGAGUUGUUCGCCUCUGCUUUAAGUAAUGACCUUUUGCAAAACUGUCAAGUCUCUGAAGAAGAUGGAAGAGGAGAGCCUGCUAUGGAAAGCAGCCAGAUUGUAAGCAGGCUUGUUCAGAUUCGUGAUUAUAUUACUAAAGCUAGUUCCAUGCGGGAAGAUCUUGUAGAGAAAAAUGAAAGAUCUGCUAAUGUUGAGCGCCUUACUCAUCUAAUAGAUCACCUUAAAGAGCAAGAAAAGUCAUAUAUGAAAUUUCUCCAAAAAAUCCUUGCUAGAGAAAAUGAGGAGGAGGAUGUUCGGACUAUAGAUUCAGCUGUGGGAUCUGGUUCUGUAGCUGAGAGCACAUCGCUAAACAUAGAUGUGCAGUCUGAGGCUUCAGAUACCACGGCCAGAGAUCCUCCGCAGGAGCCUAUGGAAGAGAUAGAAAAUUUGAAGAAACAGCAUGACUUAUUAAAAAGGAUGUUACAGCAGCAGGAGCAGCUGAGAGCUCUGCAGGGACGACAGGCUGCGCUUCUUGCUCUGCAGCACAAAGCAGAGCAAGCUAUUGCUGUGAUGGAUGAUUCUGUUGUAACAGAAACUACAGGGAGCCUAUCUGGAGUUAGUAUCACCUCUGAACUAAAUGAAGAAUUGAAUGAUUUAAUUCAGCGUUUUCAUAAUCAGCUUCGUGAUUCUCAGCCUCCAACUGUUCCAGACAAUAGAAGACAAGCAGAAAGUCUUUCAUUAACUAGGGAGGUUUCUCAGAGCCGGAAUCCUUCAGUUUCAGAACACUUACCUGAUGAGAAAGUACAGCUUUUUAGCAAAAUGAGAGUAUUACAGGAAAAGAAACAAAAAAUGGACAAACUGCUUGGAGAACUUCAUACACUUCGAGAUCAACAUCUGAACAAUUCAUCGUUUGUGCCUUCUUCAUCCUCUCCACAAAGAACUGUGGAUCAGAGAAGUACACCUUCAGCUCCCUCUGCGCCUUUAGGCUUAGCACCAGUUGUCAAUGGAGAAUCCAAUAGCUUCACAUCAUCUGUUCCUUAUCCUGCUGCUUCUCUAGUUUCUCAGAAUGAGAGUGAAAAUGAAGGACAUCUGAAUCCAACUGAAAAACUCCAGAAGUUAAAUGAAGUUCGAAAGAGAUUGAAUGAACUAAGAGAAUUAGUCCAUUAUUAUGAACAGACAUCAGAUAUGAUGACAGAUGCUGUUAAUGAAAACACAAAAGAUGAAGAAACUGAAGAGUCAGAUUAUGAUUCUGAACAUGAAAACUCUGAACCUGUUACUAACAUUCGAAAUCCACAAGUAGCUGCAACCUGGAAUGAAGUAAACAGUAAUUCUAAUGCACAGUGUGUUUCUAAUAACAGAGAGGGGAGAUCAGUUAAUUCUAAUUGUGAAAUUAACAACAGAUCUGCUGCCAACAUAAGGGCUCUGAACAUGCCUCCAUCUUUAGAUUGUCACUAUAAUAGAGAAGGAGAACAGGGGAUUCAUGGUGCACAAGGUGAGGAUGAUGAGGAAGAAGAGGAUGAAGCAGAAGAUGAGGGAGUCAGUGGGGCUUCAUUAACUAGUCACAGGAGCAGUCUGGUUGAUGAAGCUCCAGAAGAUGCUGAAUUUGAACAGAAGAUCAAUAGACUUAUGGCUGCAAAACAGAAACUGAGACAGUUACAAGAUCUUGUUGCUAUGGUACAGGAUGAUGAUGCAGCAGAUCAUGGCGUUAUCUCUACCAAUACUUCAAAUUUGGAUGAUUUCUACCCAGCAGAAGAAGAUAAUAAACAAAAUGCAAAUAACACUAGAGGAAAUGCCAAUAAAACACAGAAAGAUGCCGGAAUAAAUGAGAAGGCACGAGAGAAAUUUUAUGAGGCUAAACUACAGCAGCAACAGAGAGAACUCAGACAAUUGCAGGAAGAAAGAAAGAAACUGAUUGAGAUUCAAGAGAAAAUUCAAGCAUUGCAGAAGGCAUGUCCUGACUUACAGCUGUCAGCCACUAGUGCGGGUAAUUGUCCCACAAAAAAAUAUAUCCCAGCUGUUACUUCAACCCCGGCUGUUAAUGGAAAUGAAACUAGUACAAGCAAAUCCGGUUUUGAGCCUGAAGAUUCUUCAGUAGUCGAUAACGAGCUGUGGUCAGAAAUGCGAAGACAUGAGAUGUUAAGGGAAGAGCUACGACAAAGGCGAAAGCAGCUUGAAGCGCUCAUGGCGGAACAUCAGAGGAGGCAAGGUCUAGCCGAAACUACAUCUCCUAUGGCUGUGUCAUUGAGAAGUGAUGGAUCUGAGAACCUGUGUACACCUCAGCAGAGUAGAACAGAAAAAACAAUGGCAACUUGGGGCGGUUCUACUCAGUGUGCACUGGAUGAGGAAGGAGAUGAAGAUGGUUAUCUUUCUGAAGGAGUUGUUCGGACGGAUGAAGAGGAAGAAGAAGAAGAGCAAGAUGCCAGUUCCAAUGAUAACUUUUCUGUGUAUCCUCCUAACAGUGCGAAUCAUAACUCUUACAACGUAAAAGAAACUAAGAAUAGGUGGAAGAACAAUCGCCCUUUUUCAGCAGAUGGAAAUUAUCGUCCUUUAGCUAAGACAAGACAGCAGAAUAUCAGCAUGCAGCGUCAGGAAAACCUUCGUUGGGUGUCAGAACUCUCUUAUGUAGAGGAGAAAGAACAAUGGCAAGAACAAAUUAAUCAGCUAAAGAAACAGCUUGAUUUCAGUGUCAAUAUUUGUCAGACUUUGAUGCAGGACCAGCAGACGCUAUCUUGUCUGCUACAAACUCUUCUCACGGGUCCUUACAGUGUGAUGCCAAGCAAUGUUGCCUCCCCCCAGGUACACCUUAUCAUGCACCAGUUGAACCAGUGCUAUACUCAGCUAACAUGGCAACAGAAUAAUGUGCAAAGGUUGAAACAAAUGCUAAAUGAACUUAUGCGCCAACAAAAUCAGCACCCAGAAAAACCUGGAAGCAAGGAAAGAGGCAGCAGUGCAUCACACCCUUCUUCUCCCAGUUUAUUUUGUCCUUUCAGCUUUCCACCACAGCCUGUAAAUCUGUUUAACCUACCCGGAUUUACUAAUAUUUCAUCAUUUACACCAGGUAUGAAUUUCAGCCCUUUAUUUCCUUCUAAUUUUGGAGAUUUUUCUCAGAAUAUUUCUACACCCACUGAACAGCAGCAACCAUUAGCCCAGAAUUCUUCAGGGAAAACAGAAUAUAUGGCUUUUCCAAAACCUUUUGAAAGCAGUUCUUCUGUUGGAGCAGAAAAACAAAGGAAUCAAAAACAGCCUGAAGAGGAGGUGGAAAACAGUAGGACACCAUGGUUAUAUGACCAAGAAGGUGAUGUAGAAAAACCAUUUAUCAAGACUGGAUUUCCAGUGUCUGUAGAGAAAACUACAAAUAGUAAUCGCAAAAAUCAAUUAGAUACCAGCCGGAGAAGACGCCAGUUUGAUGAAGAGUCAUUAGAAAGCUUUAGCAGUAUGCCUGAUCCAGUGGAUCCAACAACAGUAACCAAAACAUUCAAGACAAGGAAAGCAUCUGCACAGGCCAGCCUGGCAUCUAAAGAUAAAACUCCUAAAUCAAAGAGUAAGAAAAGGCAUUCUACUCAGCUGAAAAGCAGAGUUAAAAAUAUUGGGUAUGAAAGUGCCAGUAUGUCUAGCACAUGUGAACCUUGCAAAAGUAGGAACAGACAUUCAGCCCAGACUGAAGAGCCUGUUCAAGCAAAAGUAUUCAGCAGAAAGAAUCAUGAGCAGCUGGAAAAAAUAAUAAAAUGUAGUAGGUCUACAGAAAUAUCUUCAGAAACUGGGAGUGAUUUUUCCAUGUUCGAAGCUUUGCGGGAUACUAUUUAUUCUGAAGUGGCUACAUUAAUUUCUCAGAACGAAUCUCGUCCACAUUUUCUAAUUGAACUCUUCCAUGAACUUCAGCUUCUUAAUACAGACUACUUGAGACAAAGGGCUUUAUAUGCAUUGCAGGACAUAGUAUCCAGACAUAUUUCUGAGAACCAUGAAAAAGAAGGAGAAAAUGUAAAAUCAGUGAAUUCUGGUACUUGGAUAGCAUCAAACUCAGAACUUACCCCCAGUGAAAGCCUUGCUACCACUGAUGAUGAAACUUUUGAGAAGAACUUUGAGAGAGAAACACAUAAAAUAAGUGAGCAAAAUGAUGCUGAUAAUGCUAGUGUCAUGUCUGUAUCUUCAAAUUUUGAGCCUUUUGCAACAGAUGAUCUAGGUAACACUGUGAUUCACUUAGACCAGGCAUUAGCCAGAAUGAGGGAAUAUGAGCGUAUGAAGAUUGAGGCCGAAAGUAGCACAAACGUGAGAUGCACCUGCAGGAUUCUUGAGAAUGAGGAUGGUGCUGCUGCCACAAGUGCGGUUACUAACUCGGAAGAAACUCCUCUUGAAAAUCAUGGUCCACAACAACCUGUAAGUGAAGUUUCUACUGUCCCAUGCCCCAGAAUUGAUACUCAGCAGCUGGACCGGCAAAUUAAAGCCAUUAUGAAAGAAGUCAUUCCUUUCUUGAAGGAGCACAUGGAUGAAGUAUGCUCUUCUCAACUUCUAACUUCAGUAAGACGUAUGGUUUUGACUCUCACCCAGCAAAAUGAUGAGAGCAAAGAAUUUGUAAAGUUCUUUCAUAAACAACUGGGAAGUAUAUUACAGGAUUCACUGGCAAAAUUUGCCGGCAGAAAACUGAAAGACUGUGGAGAAGAUCUUCUUGUAGAGAUAUCUGAAGUGUUGUUUAAUGAAUUGGCUUUCUUUAAGCUGAUGCAGGAUUUGGAUAAUAAUAGUAUAACUGUUAAACAGAGGUGCAAAAGGAAAAUAGAAGCAGCUGGAGUGAUACAGUCUUAUGCCAAAGAGGCCAAAAGGAUUCUUGAAGGAGAUCAUGGCUCACCUGCUGGAGAAAUUGAUGAUGAAGACAAAGACAAGGAUGAAACUGAAACAGUUAAGCAGACUCAGACAUCUGAGAUGUAUGGUGGUGAUGGUCCCCAAAAUGUGAGAUCGGAUGUUUCUGAUCAAGAGGAGGAUGAAGAAAGUGAAGAAUGUCCGGUGUCCAUUAACUUGUCCAAGGCUGAAACUCAGGCUUUGACUAAUUAUGGAAGUGGAGAAGAUGAGAAUGAGGAUGAAGAAAUAGAAGAAUUUGAAGAGGGGCCUGUGGAUGUCCAGACUUCACUUCAGGCUAACACCGAAGCUACAGAAGAAAUGGAACACGAUGAUCAGGUACUACAACAUGACUUUGAAAAAUCAGGAGAAAGCAAAAAUGUCCCAUCAGAACAAGAACCCACUACUAAUAAAGAUGACCAUGAUAGCACUCCUGUGAAACCCUGUUACCUCAAUAUCUUGGAAAACGAGGAACCUUUAAAUAGCGCUGUUCAACAGGACACUCUCACUACCAUUGAUUCAUCUAAACAGCCUAAUCCUUUGCCUUUACCUUUAACUGAAAUCGAAACCUUGGUGCCUACAGUCAAAGAAGUUAAAUCUGCUCAGGAAACUCCCGAGAGCUCUCUGGCUGGAAGUCCUGAUACUGAAUCUCCGGUGUUAGUGAAUGACUAUGAAGCAGAAUCUGGUAACAUAAGUCAAAAAUCUGAUGAAGAAGACUUUGUGAAAGUUGAAGAUUUACCACUUAAACUGACAAUAUAUUCAGAGGCAGAUCUAAGGAAGAAAAUGGUAGAAGAAGAACAGAAAAACCAUUUAUCUGGUGAAAUACUUUGUGAAAUGCAGACUGAAGAAUUAGCUGGGAAUUCUCAGACACUAAAGGAACCUGAAACAGUGGGAGCCCAAAGCGUAUGAGAUGUCUUCUGAGACUCAUCUAACUCGCUUUACGUUAGUCAAUGCAUAUAUGAACGUGGCACUAAAUAAACAUCUGUUUUGAUCUGUAUAAAAAUGUAAAUUAGUUUGACACUGCAUUCUUGAUAGGUGUGCUAAUUUCUGCCCGUGGCAGUUUAAAACAUCAGAAACUGAAUUCUGGACAGAUUGAAGCCUUGAUACACUGUGGGGUUGUUUGUUUUUCUUCUUUCUUUCCUUUUUUUGGUCUUCAUUUUGGUUUUCUUUUUCCUUUUUUGUGAUGUUUGGCAUCGUUAAAUUUAAGAUGUAGUUUUAAAUAAAGUUUGGACUUACCUGUAAAGUACCUUUUUUUGAAAUUAUGUUGAGUUCUAUACAGUAAGUCACUGUUCUGUAUGACUAGGAUAUUUAGAGGAGAGCAAGAAUUUGAAGAAAUACAGAAUUUUAGCCGGCUGUUAGAUCAGGCUUCCAAGUAAUGUCAGUAUUACUGCUUUUCAGUCUAGAUACCUGCAUGUCUUAUUCUGUGCAGGAUUAGGGAAAAUUAUAAAGGUAUUCAGGUUAUUGGUGAAGUUACUAUAAAAUGUAAGUAUUAAUUAUCAGAUAAAUAUUUUCCAGAAUUCAAUUCCUAUCUGUGUUGCCACGGUCUUUAAAAAAAAAAAAAAAAGUGUUACAUAAGUAGGAAGUUUUUCUUCACAAACAAGUAACACUGUGAUUAAUUUUACAUGAAAAACCAAACCCUUUCAAGUAGGGAUUGUAAAACUGAAUUUUAUGUACCAGAACAUUAAGGCUCUAUAUGCCUUCAGACGAACUUGCGUUUUGAGAUAGCAGUUGAUUCUGUGUGUGGUGAGAGAAGCAGAUAUGUAGAUUAAGUAUUAAGUAUUAAGUAGGGAACAUCUAUGGGAUGUCUUCACUACCAGGCUGAUCAAUUUUUCAAAGGUGAAUUACUUUUAGAUCGCAAACUUGCCAUAUACCUAAGUAAGGCUUCACAGAGCCAGUUAAUGGUGAAGUCAGUCUGUUAGUCUUAGAGGUUGUUUUUGUUUUUGUUUGAAUAAAAUAUACAGAAUUAGUUUCAGUUAGUGGUAUAUGAAACUUACUAACAAUUUACUGAAAUACCCCAUUAGAAAAGAAGUUGGUUGGUAUUCCUUUAAAAGUCUUAGUUGCAUUAUACUUCAGUGUAAAAUAAUAAUGCCUCUUCAGGGAGUGUUAAAUGAAGAUUUCCCUAUGAGGACAUUCACUGUAUUGCUAAUUAAUUUAAAUUUACGUGAGGUAUAGAUCUCCAGCAUUAAUUAAAAAACCCAUUCAGAAGACUAUCAUUCAGAAUCAGGAAUUCUUACCCAGUUGGCCUGACUCCCAGGAAACUAAAACAAUAAAUUAGAUUAUAUGUAUAUUUAAGUUCUAUACCUGUAUAUUUUCUAGACUCUGAAAAGAAAGAGGAGAAUUUCAUGUGUUGGCACUCAAGCCGAGCCUUACAUAUAUAACGGCCGUGUGUCUCUACAUGCAGAUUAAAGUUCAGUCCAGUGAAGACCUGUACUUCUGAGUUCUUUUCCCAGCACCUAUGAACCUUAUUUCACUAACUUGUGUUAGAGCUGCUGUCACCUACUAUUGUUUUCUGUUUUAGAAGAUAAUUCCACUUUAAAAUACCUGGGGCUGAAGAUCAGAUAAUUUGCUUUAUUCUUAAUAAAUACUGCUCAAAGGUUAAGCAUUAAAUAUUCAUGUUCAUUAAUUUUUAAGGUGAAAUUUGGGUUAUAGAUAAAAUAGGGAGAAAAGGUGAAAGUGAGUGAGAGAGAACCUGUGCAGGUUGAGAGAAUGCUUACAAUAGUGAGCUUACCAAACUGGGCAGAUAAUCUUUGUAUUUUGUGACAUUAACUCUGGGUACAUGCGUUUUCACUGUGAAUAAAUAUCUAUCCUCCAUCCAAA